CUAAGGGUCGGGCAGGCAGCGCCUUGGGAACUUCUUGAACAUUUCGGCAGGUAACGAACCAACGGUACCAAGACCCAAAGAGUGCUGGGUGACGGUAUGGCCGGCCUGCCCAGGGGGUAAUGACAUGGCGGCCUGGGAGUGGCCCAGAUUCAGCACCGGGGCUUGCUGAGUCCAAAUUUAUCAGCUUAUCGUUCAGAACAGGCAAGCAAAGUCGCUAUGGCGUUGCACCUCAGGAUGGGUGCAAGGGACGUGAGGGAGGCUCUCGCAAAGCUGGACGCAGGCCCAUCUCAAAGCAGACUGGAGGAGCUUCGCAGCCUGGAGACUGAUCCUCUCAGUCCUCUUCGCUUCGCCCUUGCUGACAAGUACUCGCCGCUCCUCAAGGAACUUACCACACUGAUUGAAGAUUACUUGUCGCUGGCGGCCAGGCUUGAGGGAGUCGAGUCUGCGAUGGUGGCAAAGAGCGUUGCGUCUUGGGUGUUCCACACGAAUAAGCUCGAGCACGUUGGAACUGAGUCUCUGGGAGAUACGGAGGCUAUCAUUGCAAGCAGACUGCCGUCGCUCUCGACAAAGGAGGAGAAAGCAGUGAUGCGGACCUUUAGCCUCCUGCAGGGGUACUCUCCCACAAGCUUUCGGGCAAAGCAGCCAUCGCUUUUUGUCUCAUUUGAUCCGCUCCGCAUCAAAACCUGGCAUCUCAAAUUGGUUGACUCUGUUGACGGCCACGUUGGGGAGUUUCGGCAAGAUGGUCGCUUCACGACAAGGCUGGACGGGACGCAGCACUUCUUCCCGCACCAUGAUAUACAGGAAUGGUCAGUUCAACGCUUGUGCCAGAUCGUGCACAGUUUGCUCAAGAGCAUCCCCAACCAAAUUCAGGGACACGAGGCGCGCAUGGGCAUGUGUUUUGCGCUAGCGGCGUUCGCGCAGUACCAUUUUGUUAGCCUGCAUCCCUUUGAGGAUGGGAACGGCCGCAUCUGUCGGCUUUUGAGCAAGAAGCUGCUGGAGUGGGUGUUGCCUGUCCCAUUCCCAAUGUUUCUGGACAGGAAUACCUACAGGAAGGUUCUGGAGGAAGGUGACAGAGCCUCCGAUGCUCAGACCGCGCCCAUCCCUCUCUUUGAGCUCCUGCUGGAUUCAGCAAUCGCGCACUUCAAGUUCCUCCUCUCAGCCUAUGGGGACCUGCAGCCCUCCGAUCUUGUGGUCGCAACGAACCUGGAGCAGUUGCAAGAGGUGGCACGCAAGAUUGGCGUUGGUGCUGGAGGACCGGACAAUACGGCUGAAGCGGUACCCCGAGCUGGACUUGGAUCGGAUCUGACGCAGUAUCCAAGUUCGGAGUGA